AUGACACUUUCCUUUAGUGAGGUUAGAUCAGACAAGGCCAGCUGUCAAGAGGUUCUGGAGGAUUCAGGCGAGAAAAGCAGCUAGAAAAUGAGUUUCCUGUACAAAUCCGUGUUCCGCCGAACGUCCACCUACGCCGUGGGAGUCCUGGUAUCUGCGUUCUUCUUCGAGAGAGCCUUCGACUUGGGCUCAGAAACGCUUUUCCGUCAAGUCAAUAAAGGCAAACUUUGGGACGAUAUUAAGCACAAAUACGAGUAGAAAUGAACUAGUUUAUGGGUAAAUAAAUCAGAUUACUGCUAGGA